CAUUGUUCACAGGUCCUCUAAGUAAGAAAUGUGGGACGCCGACAGCAGCUCUUUCACCCCAAAGACAACCCACUAAAUCUGCCAUGACCUCCGAAGAAUCCAUCGACGCCGUUGUUAAAAGUCCUGAUGCUAAAAAAGUGGACGAAUGUACGAAAUUCGCAGACGAGUUGCCAAAUGCCAAAAAAACAGAGAACCACGUAGACGUAAAACAAAAGAGAUCGCAGGAACUCAUGAAAUUAGUUUACGAACUGCCAGAAGAAAUAGAAACGCCUGAAUAUCACGAAAACAACAACAUGCUAAAAGAAAACCCACCAAUCACGAUCGUCGAGAUCACAGAACAGAACGGCUGUGAAACAGUACUGGAAAGACCAUGCGAUGAUAAUGAUGUAUACCUCAAAGUUUUAGACGGAUCUAGUCCAGAAGAUUUAGGGAAUAAGGUUGUGUUUGAUGUAUUAGCUACAAAUGAACUUAUAAUGCAAUGUGCCGAUGAGUUUAAGGAAGUGAUCGAGCGGGCUUCACCCGAUGACUGUACGGAUGAAGAUCUGCUCGAGUUGAAAAAAAUAUUGGAAAGCAAACCGAAAGUUCUGGAAAGGUAUUUGAAGGAGUGCGCUUCUUCGGAUGAAGUGAAUAGGAUUCAUAAUAUAACAACAUCUGGGCCGUUGUCUCCAAGGCCACGGCACGAAGCUCGGAGUACAUCAGUCACGUCAGAUCUGUUCCAACUUUGGCUGUCAUCAUCGCCGGUUAAGAGGUCGCGAUCUCCUAGUGGGUCGGCGGCGCAGAGGCAGUUAGAUGAAGCCGAUCUCUUCAUGGACCUCAUCAAAGACGUCGCCAACGAAUUGGACAUUGAUGUGCUGUGCCAUAAGAUACUUGUAAACGUGUGUUUGCUGACGUCAGCGGAUCGAGGCAGUUUGUUCCUCGCAAAGGGAAUACCUGCACACCGUUACCUUCAGGCCAAACUGUUUGAUGUUACCAGAGAUACUGAACUAAAAGAGGCUUUGCAGACGACAAGGUCGCAAGAGAUUAGAAUACCUUUUGGAGUGGGCGUUGCUGGCUUAGCGGCGCAAACCAAACACCCCAUCAAUAUCAGGAACGCUUACGCAGAUCCUAGGUUCAACAGUGAGAUCGACGCGCGGACAGGUUACAAGACGGAGCUCAUUCUAUGCAUGCCGAUAUGCAAUUACGAGGGGGAAGUGGUUGGAGUGGCGCAGAUCAUCAACAAGACAGACGGUUCCAAAGAGUUCUCCACACGUGACGUAGAAGUGUUCCGACGGUACCUGACAUUCUGCGGUAUCGGCAUACAAAAUGCUCAGUUGUUCGAAUCCUCCAUCCUGGAGUACAAGAGGAACCAGAUCCUGCUGGCGCUGGCCAGGAGUAUAUUCGAGGAGCAGAGCAACCUCGAGUGUCUGGUCACCAAGAUCAUGACUGAGGCCAGGGAACUGCUGAAAUGCGAUCGAUGCGCCGUGUUCAUAUUGGACACGGACCACUGCGAAUCGAGCCACUUGGAGAGGAUAGUGCAGCGUCCAGGGGGCAGGCCCUCCCCUACUCCCGCGCUGCCCCCGCCAGCGCCCACUCGCUUCCACACAUUGUUCGAGUUGGGCGUGCACCAUUCAAGAACUACCCUCACGCCCAGACACGACGUCAGGUCUACUCUCGCCAGCAUCGCUUUAAAGGUGGCCCAGUCGAACAAAGCUCUUAACAUAUCGGAUUUAGAGGAAUGGCGGAAAGAAAACGGCAUGAUUGCGCCGGAUCUGGCUGCGGACGACGCGGCCACUGUGAGGACAAUGCUUUGCAUGCCUAUCGUCAAUGCCAAUAAGGACGUUAUUGGCGUGGCACAACUGAUCAAUAAGGAAAACGGUUCGCAAUUCACCGAUGGCGAUAUAUCUAUAUUCGAGGCGUUCGCCAUAUUCUGCGGUCUCGGCAUUCACAACACGCAGAUGUAUGAGAACGCAUGCAAGUUGAUGGCUAAACAAAAGGUGGCGUUGGAGUGCUUGUCGUAUCACGCUACCGCUUCAGCCGAGGAUACCAACAAACUGUGCCAAGAGGUCAUCCCCUCAGCGGAGAUUUACAAUCUAUACAGCUUCCAGUUCCAUGACUUUGAUCUAUCAGACGAAGACACAUGCAGAGCGACUCUAAGGAUGUUCCUCCAGUGCAAUCUAGUCGAGAAAUUCCACAUACCAUACGAUGUCCUCUGCAGAUGGAUCCUAAGCGUUAAGAAGAACUACCGCCCCGUAAAAUACCACAACUGGAGACAUGCAUUAAACGUAGCACAGACAAUGUUCGCCAUGUUGAAAACUGGCAAAAUGGAGAGGUUCAUGUCGGACCUAGAAAUAUUAGGUCUCCUAGUAGCUUGUCUAUGCCACGAUUUGGACCAUAGAGGGACGAACAAUGCAUUCCAGACGAAAACUGAGAGCCCUCUAGCGAUCUUGUACUCGACUUCUACAAUGGAGCAUCACCAUUUCGACCAGUGCGUCAUGAUAUUGAAUAGCGAGAGCAAUAACAUAUUCCAGGCUUUAUCUCCUGACGACUACAAAGACGUGAUGAGGGUGGUAGAAACGGCGAUCUUGUCGACAGACCUGGCAAUGUACUUCAAGAAGAAGUCGAAGUUCCUGGAGCUGGUCGACAACGGCGAGUUCGACUGGCAGAGUCAAGAGAAGAAAGAAUUGCUCUGCGGUAUGAUGAUGACGGCGUGCGAUGUAUCAGCUAUAGCUAAACCCUGGGAAGUCCAGCACAAAGUGGCCAAACUAGUGGCUGAUGAGUUCUUCGACCAGGGAGACCUGGAGAAGCUGCAAUUGAAUCAGCAGCCCAUAGCUAUGAUGGACAGAGAGAAGAAAGACGAGCUCCCCCAAAUGCAGGUCGGGUUUAUAGACAUGAUAUGCCUACCUUUAUACAAGGUUCUCUCAGACACGUUCCCAUGGAUACAGCCUCUGUACGCGGGCACCAUGGAUAACAGACAGCGGUGGCAAGAUCUCGCGGAGAAGGUGGAGAUGGGUUUGACCUGGAUCGACCAUGACACCAUCGAUAAGCCAAUAGAAGAGUUCACUGACACAUUCCCAUGGAUCCAGCCUCUGUACGCGGGCACCAUGGACAACAGGCAUCGGUGGCAAGACCUCGCGGAGAAGGUGGAGAUGGGUUUGACCUGGAUAGACCACGACACCAUCGAUAAGCCCACAGAAGAUUUCACUGCUGACUAUGGAAUAUUUGUGUAG